AUGCCUCGUUUCCAAGGAAAAGUCGUCAUCAUUACUGGCUCAUCUUCCGGUAUUGGAGCUGGCACCGCUGUACUUUUUGCAAAAGAAGGUGCUAAAGUCACAAUUACAGGAAGAAAGAAGGAUGGUUUGGCGGCUACUAAGAAGGCUAUGCUCGAAGUCGGCGCCAACGAGGAUCACAUCAAUGUGGUUGCAACGGAUGUGACUGACGCCCUAGGUAGAGAAGAACUUAUCACAAGCACCAUCCGAAAGUUCGGACAACUCGAUAUUUUGGUAAACAAUGCAGGCGCAGCUUUUUCCGGAGGGAACGGUGCAACUGGACUGGCCGUAAGCACAGAAGUCCUCGACCGAACCAUGAAAUUGAACGUGAAUAGUGUGAUUGAACUGAUCCAAUUGGCAAGACCACAUCUUGUGAAGUCGAAGGGAGAAAUUGUCAACGUUUCCAGCAUUGCUGGUUUGCCGGCUGCACACUCAUCAGUCCCCUAUUACGCCAUGGCAAAAGCAGCACUGGACCAAAUGAUGCGAGCGUUAGCCAUUGAACUCAUAGCUGAAGGAGUUCGAGUGAACAAUGUCAAUCCUGGCGCUGUCUCCACAAAUUUCACCCAAAACUUUGGCCUCUCUGAUGAACUAGCUCAAAAGAGGUACGCACAUUUCGCUAAGAACCGUCACGUACUACCAUGCGGCAAAGUUGGUAGCCCGUCGGAUAUCGCGAGUGUAAUCGCAUUCCUAGCCGACCGCAGUCAGUCCUACUACAUCAUUGGACAGACGAUCGUCGCCGACGGUGGGACGUCACUUGUACUCGCAUUGAACGGUGCCAACGAUUCCCUCGCUGAGCUUAUUAAAUAA